CGCUCCGACGAGCCGGGGGAGAGGAGAAGGAAUCGCAGGAUCUCAACGAUGGAGCAUUUUUAAGAGAUAACGGCGAGCUCCCCCGUCGGAGAUCAUUGAACAGGGUCAUCUACAUGACCAAAGAAACAAGACCGGCAACGAGAAACGCAAGCGUAACAACCAUGCAAUUUAAAUACAGACGAAUUUGAGCAACCGCUUCUUCUUCAAGGUUACACCUCUUGAAGACGCCCCAACAUCCCCCUUGUCGUAAAUCAGCUGGCGUACGUUGGUUGAUCGUCACCGGUACCGACCAUGUCCGUGGAGGAGCAGGGCUACCCCGACGCUGUGAUGUUGCUAGAAGCCGGGCCGGAGUGGAUGCGGACCGAGAUCGAGCGUCUCUCCCGGGAGCUGAGUGAGACCACCAACGAGAAGAUCCAGGCGGCGGAGUACGGGCUGGUGGUGCUGGAGGAGAAGCAGCAGCUUAAACAGCAGUAUGAUGACCUGGAGAUCGAGUACGAGGCCGUCAGGCAGGAGCUCGACCAGCUGAAAGAGGCCUUUGGACAAGCCUACUCCAACCACAGGAAAGUGGCAGCGGAUGGGGAGAGCCGUGAGGAGUCUCUUAUCCAGGAGUCGGCCUGUAAGGAGGCCUACUACGAGCAGAGGGUCCUGGAGCUGCAGACCGAGCUCCGCCAGACACGCAACAUCCUCACCAAUACCCAGUCUGAGAAUGAACGCCUGAACACCAUCUCCCAAGAGAUGAGAGAGAACAGCCAGAUGGUGGAGCUGCAGAGGAAUCAGCUGCGUGAUGACAUCAAGGAGUACAAGUUCCUCGAGGCUCGUCUUCUGCAGGACUACACCGAGCUGGAGGAGGAGAACAUCUCGCUGCAGAAGCAGGUCUCCAUGCUCAAACAGAGCCAGGUGGAGUUUGAGGGUUUGAAGCAUGAGAUACGUCGUCUAGAGGAGGAUACUCAGUUCCUUAACAGCCAGCUAGAGGAUGCCAUCCGACUGAAAGAGAUCGCGGAGCGUCAGCUAGGUGAGGCCCUGGAGACCAUCAAGACUGAGCGUGAGCUGAAAGCUUCCCUGAGGAAAGAGCUCUCCCACUACAUGAGCAUUGGGGACACUCUGUAUCACAGCCCUCUUAGCAUUUCUCUGGAUGGUCUCAAGUUUUGCGACGAUGCCGCCACUGAACCUAACAACGACGAGGCUCUCCAAGGAUACGAGAAUGGCUUCAUCAAACUGGCUAACGCCAUCACCUAUGAGAACUGCAUCUCCACGCCGAAGAAGGAAGAGCUGUUCCAUCCUGCGCCUAGCCUCGUGGACGACCUGCUGAGCGAGCUUAACAUCUCGGAGAUCCAGAAGCUCAAACAGCAGCUGAUGCAGAUGGAGCGUGAGAAGGUCAACCUGCUGUCCACCUUACAGGAUUCCCAGAAACAGCUGGAACAGGCUAAUGGUGCUCUGUCAGAUCAUCAGGAGAAGGUCAACCGCCUUACUGAGAACCUCAACGCCAUCCGCAAGCUCCAGGCCAGCAAGGAGCGCCAGUCUGCCUUGGAUAACGAGAAAGAACGUGAUAGCCAUGAAGACGGAGAUUACUACGAGGUGGACAUCAAUGGACCUGAGAUUCUGGAGUGCAAGUACAAGGUUGCUGUGUCUGAGGCAGGAGAGCUGAAGGAGGAACUGAAAACUCUGAAGACAGAAUACCAGGCGUGUCAGUCACGUUACGAAGAGGAGCGCAACCGUCUGGAGAACGAUGUCACAACGCUGGGAGAGAAGCUGGCAACUCUGGAGAAGACAAGUUAUUCAGAGAGAGAAGAGAAGGCUAAGCUAGAGAAGGAGCUGCGCAAGUUGAGCGAUGUGGCAGGCGAGUCCCAGGGUAGUCUGAGUGUGGCACAGGACGAGCUGGUCACCUUCAGUGAAGAACUGGCCACUCUCUACAACCACGUCUGCAUGUGCAACAACGAGACACCCAACCGUGUCAUGCUCGACUUCUACAAGGAGGGUAAGGGCGGUCGGAGCAGCCCAGAGGGCCGUGGCCGCCGCUCUCCCAUUUUGCUCACCAAGGGCCUCUUCCCCGAGCCUGGUAAGACCGACCUAAGCGACGGAGCCCCUUCACCAGUCUCCUCACUGCCUUCUCCUGUGUCUGACCACCGCCGCGAGCCCAUGAACAUCUACAAUCUGGUGGCUAUCAUCAGAGACCAAAUCAAGCACCUGCAGCUGGCUGUGGACCGCACCACAGAGUUGUCACGCCAAAGAGUGGCCUCCCUGGAGCUCGGCACUGUGGCCGACAAGGACAAGGAAGCCUGCAUGGAGGAGAUCCUCAAACUGAAAUCCCUGCUUAGCACCAAGAGGGAACAGAUUGCGACCCUGAGGACUGUCCUGAAGGCCAACAAGCAGACAGCUGAAGUUGCUCUGGCCAAUCUGAAGAGCAAGUAUGAGAACGAAAAGGCCAUGGUGACCGAGACCAUGAUGAAACUGAGGAAUGAGCUCAAAGCCCUGAAGGAAGACGCUGCCACCUUCUCCUCUCUCCGUGCCAUGUUCGCCACACGUUGUGACGAGUACGUCACUCAGCUGGAUGAGAUGCAGAGGCAGCUGGCUGCAGCAGAGGAUGAGAAGAAGACCCUCAACUCCCUGCUCCGGAUGGCUAUCCAGCAGAAACUGGCCCUGACUCAGCGUCUGGAAGACCUGGAGUUCGACCACGAGCAAACCCGCCGGGGAGGCAACUCGGGCCGGGCUAAGAUCCGCAGCAAGGCCGCCAGCGCCGCCUCCAACAACCCCCAUGUAAGUCAGAGUCUCACCUGCUCUAGCUCUGGCCGACCAGAGCACAACAAUGCUAUGCCCAAUGGCAUUCUGGGAGGCCCCGUGGUGUUUUGCAGCGAGAAGUACAAGAUCUACUGUGACUGAGGCGGCUGAGAAGUGCGCAACGGACUGCUGUGUACAGAGGGGAGGGGGCCUACGGGCCAAACCCUCCCUGCCUUAGUGUUAAAGAGCCCCACUUGCUCGCUUAGCUCCCAGGCCAGCCUGCGCUCCUCUAGGGACUGCUGUGUGACUAACCGGCUGCUUGUGUGUGCUAGUGUAAACGCUUAGGGGAAUGCAGAUGUAUGUACAGUGUGCACUAGACGUUUGGACUGUAGUAGACAUAUAUGGCAUGUGGAUUAUAGGGCCCCGGUUAUAUUGGGGGUUUUGUGGAUAUUAUGGAGUGUCUAUUCUUUCCUCUGUCAUGGUGCUGUACGUAUGAUGUAAAAGGUGGCAGCUUUUGUGCUUGUUUGUUCUGGCCCCCUGAGUGUAUUGCCUGGUAACAGUAACACAUUGUGGGGCGGGGACUUGAAGAGGAUGUCAAUCUGACGGUCUUGUGUCUAAAUAUGACAUCCUCUGCUCUUUGGCUUGUCUGGCGGCAUUGGUGCUCCUUUUAAAAAAAAAAAAAAAAAGCCCCCUUCUUUCCCCUGCCUCUUUGUCCUGGAUCCCCCAGGACUGACCUGUGUCCAGCAGCCCACUGUCUAAUCAGGUCACUCUUUAAGAAAAAGGAACUAAAAUAUGCAAUCUCCCUCUGCUGUCUUGCUGGGGGAGCACUGUGUGAUUCUACACAGAAAUUCAAAAACUCAUAAGUGGGUUGUCUGCUGGUUUUUAUGAUGGAACUGAUGGGCAGAAAAGGAGCACCUGUGACCACAGGUAUUUAUUUCAGGAUCAAUUUAAAGCUGUGAUGCUAAUACACCAAUACAAUAGGGUCAGUAGAAUCGCAUGGCUUUGCAGCUGAAAAUGCUUUUUAACUGUUUUUCCGUUGUCAGGGCUCUACAUUGUUAAAAGAGGAGUUAUUUGGUGUCUGGUGAAAUACAGGAGGGCUAUUCCAUGUGACCCAUUAUGUUGCGAUGGAGUCUUUCAGAGCCAUAUUAUAAGAGAGAAAGAAAGUUUGACAAAUCGAUCUCCACACCCAAAUUAAGUGCACUUCAACAUAGGUGCCUCAGGUUCCUACUUCUGUUAAAAUGGAUAUAAUGAUUACUAUGAACAGAGAUACAAUAUAGUUUUGAUCGAAGAUGAUUUUUUUAAAUAUGGAGCAAAUCCUAGAAGAGCACAAAUCAAAAAGGCACCCACAUGUGGAUAAUAAGUCUGCAAACAAAACCAACCGACCACUCGGCAAAAGUGCCUGUCGACCCAAACACUUGAUAUAUUUAUCUAUCUGUUGAUGUAAAGCCCUGUCCUUGUGUCCCAACUUGAGCUAUCACUGUUCUUUUCCUUCUCUCCCCCAUCCUCUGUCUCCCUGCUCUAUUUUUGGGAGAUUGCUCAGAGCUCUCAAAUGAUUUCUGUGUGGUUAUGUGGCUGAAAACCCUUUCCUAAUGUCUCUAAUCUGUGUCUUGUCGCUUGGUCGCCAUAACGACCGUCUCUCUUUUAGAUUGUCAGCAGCUUGCUCCCCCAGCAUCACCACUCACCCUUUAACUAGAAUGAGGAAUUGUGGGGAAAAUUGCCCUCUGAAUAUUUUUGUCAGGUAACAUCCUCACGUAUGUUGUGUUCCAGAUAUUUGCCUGUGUGUAUAUGAGCGUUCAAGUGAAUGGGCCCUCAUGUUUGUAUUAUGUUUUUAACCUUUGCAAAUUGAAGGUCACUCAUUUCUUCUCCUUUUGUUUUUUGGUGUGUGAGGACAAAGCGAUCGUACUGUUUUAGUAUCCACAAUAGCUUUAACCUCUUGCAAGCUAGCAUUACGCAAAUAGGAAAAAAAAUAAGUGGGGCUUGUGUUUAAUAAAUCCAUGUACUGCUUGUGGAUCAUAGACACAUUAGCUUUAUGAUGCUAAAAGCAGGGUUGAUAUGAGGAAAUCCUGCAAGAUUUGUCAAAUGAUGCAUUUUCUACUACCAAUAAGCUACAUAUUAAACUCUAUAUUCUUAAUAUGAUCAUAUUCAGGUUAUAAUCUUGCAGGAUCCUACUACAGUAUUCCUUCCUCUCAUAUAUAAAGAGAGGGAGCUUAAUUAUUCUUCUGAAAAUGGAAUAAUAUCAGCGGUCAACCCUGCUUGAGUGUGCAUCCAUAAGCCACAGCGCACAGCAUGGAGACAAGGCUAUCGUACACAUUAUGGAAAAAUAAAAGCAACCUCCUUAGAGGUCAAUCACUCUUAAGUUUGAGAUUCACUUAACUUACAAGUGUGAUAUAUUCUGUUUCUAUCAGUUUGCGCUGACUGAGAAAAGGUUUGGGGAGUAGAGGAGGGAGAACUACUCAUGUUGUAAACCAGCUCCUGAGAGAGGAGAUAAGAAGGCCAGACAUGCUGGUGAAGAAAUCCAGAUGUCUGGCUGAGAGCUGACUCUGAUACUGUGGAGAAAUGAGUCCAGGGGUUUCCUGAGGGAGAAACUCCUGCUCAUUUUUGGAGGAAAAAAAAAACUGAAAACUGGUUGCUCAAUCGACCAGAGGACAUUGAUUCAAAUUAGUUGAGCCCCUAACCCUCCCCCUUAUAUAGGCUCUGUGGAAUCACUCAGCAGUAGAUAGAUACCCAGGAUGUGAUUGUGACUAGAACCCCCUCUCCCUAGAUAGAUGAAUUCCCACUUCGCUCCAUCUAGUUUGAAAUCAAUGUCUGGUUUAUCUGGUGUCAUAACAGCAUGCCACCAAAAAGCUCCUCCUACCUCUGCUUGCAGGCUCCUCCCACUUCACCUUUAAGUUUGACUUCAUAUGAUGCAUCUAUUAUCUGAUUUAUAGUAAGCCUGCAUGUCAAAAACAUAGCUCAUUUUUCAUUAACUUGCAUGGCAACACCCCUCUCCUUUGACCUGGGUGGUGGGAUAUGGCUAUAACUCUUGUACUUGUGAGUCAUUGGCUUCCUAACAGCACCUGCAGGAUAAUAUGUGGUGAAUCCGCUUUCACAUCAGCUCCUCAGAAACAUAUUGAUGAUGUCAACAUGACAGAAAAGCUCUUGACAUAACAUCGGCUGCCUCAGGGCUCCUAACAUGGCUUCUGUUGCUUAGACUAACUACAGCCGCCGUCUACUUUGUCUGUGUGGACUCAGCUGUUGACCGUGUUAACAGUCGCUCUAAAUUGACAAAUAACGCUAAUGCUGAUCAUUUGUUUGUUUCUUCAUUUUGCAGUAAUUACAGUAGUUCUGCACGGAUGACGAAGUACCAACACAAGGUCCAUUCUCACUGCUGAUUGAGUUCGCCGAAAAGAGUUAGCAGUAGGCUAAUAGGCUAUUUGGACUUGAAGACAAAAACAAAACAAAAUGCUAAAUGAAAACACUGAUUUCCAGUCAAAUCAACUCCUACUUUCUCUUAAAAUGUGAUGUCUAUCGGAAUGACACUUGGUCUCAUUUUUGCGUACUGCUGCUGGAAGCCAAUUUCUCACAGGUCCAAUGAACUGAUUGAAAUUCUGACCAGAGGUUGUGAUUGGCUAAUCUAAUGGUCCAAUGAUAAGCCAGGGGAUGGGGUUGUUUCUCAAUGUAAAUCUACAAGCUGUUUUGUCUGGGUUUAUCUCUUUUUUUUGUUUGUUUAUUGUUUUUUUAAUCUGUGCACUUUCAUUAUAUAGGAUUAUAACUAUUAUAGACUAUUAUUAACCUAUAGGAAAGCGUGGUAGUACUAUGGUUUGUGAGUAAUUCAGUAUAGGUUAUAAGACUAUAGGAUUAUACGUCCUCCUGAAUUAUCUGAACUUAAAUACUAUUUAAAGUAUUUAAAUAGUAUUUAAUAUUACUAUAUAAACUAUUUACUCUAGUAAAGGCUCCACAAACCACAGACCUACUAUUAUGACUUAUCCUCAAGAUUUUAUCCAUCAAAUAAUCAUUCUUAAAUUGUUUUGUUACAUCAUAUGUUAUGCUGUUGGUUUUCUUUUAUGUUUGUUCUACUGCCAUGUUCUACACAAAAAAUCCAGGGUGAUCAAAUUCUGGGGUUUUUUCAUGUAUUUAUUAUUCCUAGGAAUAGUUCAAAAUAACACGAUGAAACUUGACAACGCUCUGACUCAAAUAGGUAAGUUGUGUUUUGGGAAAAAUUUGAGUGAUAUGAUAUGCUUUUCCUAGCUUCUUACCGAGGGCGUUCCACUGAAAUGGGAUCACUGACUUUCUGAAUUCUCUGCAAGUGUGACGAUUAAAUUCCAAAUUGGAAUUGUUUCAUUCUCUCUUCGUUUAUCGUGCCAAAUCUUGGUGCACCGUUUAGGUUGAAAAGAAUCAAGACUCGGAAAUAAGACAAGCCGUCACUGAGGAAGAUGUAGUGCGGGCCAUGGCUCUCCGUUCGAGCGCCGGGGUUUUGUUUUUGGUUUGUUUAGUUCUUCGUUUCUGACCAGUAGUGCCUUUCAUUGUUUCAAGGGAGAAUCUUAGACUAGUAUUUUAUGUUUUCUUUUUUUAUAGGUGAGGACUUUGGGUUCGAAACUGUGAGCAGCAAUAAGUGCAAAGGGAAUUUUCCCCUGUCUGCAUGAGUGAGAUGAUCGUUUUAAAAAUUAGCUCAAUAAAACUGAAAUUGUAUUGAAUUCUGCAGGUCAGUGAUCCAUUCAAUAAAUUCAGGGGUAUUAAGAAAAGGUUGUUUUUUUAUCAAACUUUGGGAACCAAAAGAAAUCCCUUUGGCCUCCUGUUAUUGAACAAAAUGCUCCAAGCAUCUGUAAUGUGUUGGGGUAGAUCGGUGUACUAUUGGAAACAUCAACGUAUCUCUAGCAUUGUUUGGUGAAGGUAAUGUGAUAUCAAUAGUAUUGUUGAAAAAAUGUGCAGAGAGCGCAUUUUAUCUUUCUUUUUGUCCAACUUGAGUUUUGUUUUUUUAUUCUUUUUUUACAUAAUCUUUGAGCAUUAUGUUUUCAGGAAACAGAAAGCAAAAUAAGCAUCAACAAGCUUGAAUAGUGCCAUUAUAGCCAAUGCUUGUUUGUUGAGGCGUUAAAGUUACCAAUAUGGAGAAGCUAAAAAAUUAAAGUGCAAUUCAGAUACUGUUAUACAUUAAAAAAGGAAAAAGUUUUCUGUUUGCUGGAAGCGAUAGCGUUGUGAUAAUAAAAUUAGCUGUGCAAACUUUAUAUUGUCAUAUUGUGUUUCAGUAUUGAUCCAUAAUGAGAGUUUGAUAUCUUUAUAUGAAAUAACGACUUCACCUGUAUGUUGGUAUUUAUUUGAAUUGUCAUGCAGUACUGUAUUCUUAUCAAUAAUGUGCAUUAUGAUUAGUGGCAUAUUGAUUACAGCUAAAUGUCAUAUGCAUGUUUCUCAGUCAUGGGACCUUUACACAGAAUUGAAAACAAACAUGUAAACUUUUUCCAGGUUGUUAAAAAAAUAUGGAGAAAAAAAUGAAAAGACAAGAGUUAAGUUUGAUGUAUUACUGCUGAACUAAUCCUAUGAAAGUGUUUUGUUUGUUUUCCAGUAGAGAGGUGGCAUGUCUGUGUAAAGGUAGUCAUACUGGCUAAAAUCAAUAAAUGUGACUUAAGUUCCAA